AUUUAUUUUUUCACUAUUAAUUUUAGCUGUCGUCCUGGCUGGCAGGGUCCCUUGUGCAAUGAAUGUGUGGUUUAUCCUGGCUGUAAGCAUGGUUCCUGUUACGGUGAGGCCUGGAAGUGUAAAUGUGAUACCAAUUGGGGUGGCAUAUUGUGUGAUCAAGAUUUAAAUUACUGUGGCACUCAUGAACCGUGCAAACAUGGCGGUACUUGUGAGAAUACCGCACCUGAUAAAUUUCGCUGCACUUGCGCUGAGGGUUUAUCUGGUGAACGCUGUGAAAUCAUAGAACAUCCAUGUGCUACACAACCAUGUAAAAAUGGUGGCUCAUGCACGGUUAAGGAAUCAAAAAUACCAAAUAUAACUGCCUUACCAUCGUAUCGUAAAAUGCGUGGCAUGAGUUCGUCGAUGGGAAAACCAGUUAGUAGACAUAAUUUACCGCUGCUAGAAUUGGGUUUAGGAUCAUCAUCAUCAUCAUCUUCUGUCUUAGCAGCAUUAUCGUCAUCAUUAAACAACAACAACAACAACAGUAAUAAUACAGCAAAUGGUGGUCGCAACUCUGCCAGCAACAGCGGCAUUAUUAGUAAUACAAACUAUAACCACCAACAAAUUCCACCAGUCUCGGAAUUCACUUGUGCCUGUGUACCUGGUUGGACAGGUCCAACAUGUGAAAUAAAUAUCGAUGAGUGCGCUGGUGGCCCUUGCGAACAUGGUGGCACUUGUAUUGAUUUAAUCGGCGGUUUCCGUUGUGAAUGUCCACCCGAAUGGACAGGCGAUGUGUGUCAAAUUGAUGUAAACGAAUGUGAAAUCACUUAUCCCGUCUCGGCUACAUCAUCAUCCUCCUCAUCAUCGAGUACUCACCACCACCUGCACACCUCAACAUUGCGUACCUCAACAGCGGCUGUGGCAGCAGCAGCCGUUGCUGGUUCGAGUACAUCAUCGUCAGCAUUAAUUGCCGCCUUAAAUGCUGCAUCAUCUUCUUUGGCAGCAGCAGCAAAUGCCUCUUCGUCUGUCUUCGGUCCCUGUGUGAAUGCUCGCCAAUGUAUUAAUAAGCCUGGUACGUUUUCGUGCGUUUGCCUUGAGGGUUGGGGUGGUCCGACAUGUGCACAAGAUUUCGAUGAUUGCGUGGGCCAAUGCAAGAAUGGUGCCACUUGUAUGGAUUUGGUUAACGAUUAUCAUUGCGCCUGUGCAACUGGAUUUACAGGUCGAGAUUGUGAAACUGAUAUUGAUGAAUGUGCUAAUUCACCGUGUCGUAAUGGUGGCGAAUGUGUGGACAUGAUUGGUAAAUUUAAUUGCAUUUGUCCACUGGGGUAUUCCGGUACAUUAUGUGAGGAAGCCAAUGAUCAUUGUACACCCUCACCCUGUCUAGAAGGUCGUUGUUUGAAUACACCCGGCAGUUAUUACUGUCAUUGUCCCCCCGGACGUGCUGGCAAACACUGUGAACAAGUUCGUCCCAUGUGCAAUCAGCCUCAUUGUAAUGAUGGUUGUUUUGCCAAUUCCACCAUUAAUUCUUCAAAAAAUUUACCCUGUUCUGGCCAUGGCACUUGUGAAAUGGGUGAUGUGGGUACAUUUUGUAAAUGCCAUACUGGUUAUACCGGCACAUUUUGUGAACACAAUCUUAAUGAAUGUUCACCCAAUCCUUGCCGCAAUGGUGGCAUAUGUUUAGAUGGUGAUGGCGAUUUUACAUGUGAAUGCCCUUCUGGCUGGACUGGUAAACGCUGCUCAGAACGUGCCACCGCCUGCUAUAAUGGACAGUGUCAAAAUGGCGGUACUUGUGUUGUGGGCUCACCUGAAAAAGGUCUACAAUCGCAAUGUCGUUGUGCUCCUGGAUGGGAUGGCACUUUCUGUACCGAACCUAUAGAUCAAUGUCGUGGACAACCUUGUCACAAUGGUGGUACUUGUGAAUCGGGUAGUGGUUGGUUUCGUUGUGUAUGUGCUCAAGGAUUUUCCGGUCCCGAUUGUCGUAUAAAUGUAAAUGAGUGCUCACCUCAACCCUGUCAAGGUGGAGCCACCUGUAUUGAUGGUAUUGGUGGUUAUACCUGCAUAUGUCCUCCUGGUCGACAUGGCUUGAGAUGUGAAAUAUUACUCUCCGAUCCUAAAUCUGCCUGUCUUAAUCUAACCAGUUCCAAUUCUCCCUAUUCUCCCUUAAACAAAACCCAAGAUGUUUUGGCUCAAUUGUUAACGGGACAAACCAACGAAUAUUGCAAUGCUUGUGUUUGUGAAAAUGGCACAUCACGCUGCACCAAUUUAUGGUGUGGUCUAUCCAAUUGUUUCAAAACAGAUGCCACUUCGAAAUCUUCAAACUUUUCGGGGGUUUGCAAACAACAUGAGGUGUGUGUGCCCACAUUAAGUGAAAAUUGCUUAAAUGGACCUUGUCCCUUAAGAGGCGAUUGCCGUUCAUUGGAACCUUCUCAUCGUGUAGCACCACCACGGCUGCCCGCUAAAGCUGACUGUUGGCCCAAUCAGGCCAAUUUGAAUGAUAACUGUGCCCGUCUGACCAUAUUAUUGGAUCGUCAAAGAGUGGGUGCUGGUUCCUCCGUGGAGGGUUUAUGUUCGGUGCUAAGAUUUUUGCUGGCCUCUAGAAUGAUUAAGUUACCCAAGGGUGACAAUGAAGGCAUGUUAAUAGUAAUAUGUGAUUUGAAAACGGGCACCAAUGAUACAAUAGAAGUGACUGUGUCUUCUACCCAACAAAAUGACUCUCAACUACCCACUGCCAUUGGUUUGCUGGGUGAACUUUUGUCUUCGCGGCAAUUAAACUCCUUACAACAGAAAAACGAUAUGAAGAGUACCAAACUGGCAGCUUUAGUUUCUAUUCUAGAGGUCAAAGUGGAAACAGCUUUAAUUGCUGAGGGUAAUAGCAAUAGUCUGUUGAUAGGCAUUUUGUGUGGCAUUUUUAUAGUACUCAUUGGUUUGGCCAUAUUUCUGAGUCUCUUUUGGCGUCAACGCAUUGUUAUGUCUUCCAGCUCAGGCAUUAAUUUGGCUCCCUCCAUGGAUGCCUUAAGACAUGAUGAAGAAAAAUCGAAUAACUUACAAAACGAAGAAAACCUAAGACGUUAUACGAAUCCUUUAAAAGGCAGUACAUCCUCUUUGGGACGUGUUAAUGGCAUGGAAUUAAGUUUAAAUCCUGCUCCUGAAUUGGCUACCGUUAGCACUUUAGCUAAUGCUUCUGCCUCCAGUUCUGGCGUUCAUCGUUCGCAACCCCUAUAUCCAGAAUCGAAUUUCGAUUGUGAUUUGGAAACGACCACAAAAAGCAAAGAAUUCCAUACGAAACGUAGCUCACAAAUAUUGUUGCAUAAAACGCAAAAUUCUGAUAUGAAAAAGAAUACAGUUGGUUCUAUAGAUAGUCCACGAAAAGAUUUUGGCAAAAGAUCAAUAAAUUGUAAAGCAAUGCCACCGCCAACUACCAGCUCAUCAACAGUUACGACGGCGGUCACAGAAUGUAAUGAUUCAGAAAUUUUAACAGUUUUAGUGUAGUUCAAGUUAAAGAAGGUGUAAAAACUUAACAAAAAAAUGGGAAGAGUUGUAAAUAUUACGCUCACUCAAAGUGUUUGUGCCUAGAAAAAAGUUAAAAAUUUUUUAAAUAAAUGUGAUGCUACUAGAACUGUUAAAUAUUUAAGCAUAUAAAAGGAUUAAAUGGUUACUUAAGCUAAAAUCCUUUUAAUAUUAAUUACUUUCUAGUUUUAUAAUGAAAAAAAGAAAACUAUUUAUAAACAUAUUUAAACAUAUAAGUAUUGAUCUCAAUUAUAACAAAAAAAGGCCAAUUUCUUUUCAAGAGAGUACAAAAAAAGAACCACAAAUGCGUAAAAUGUAAACUCUUACAAAUAACGCUAGAAGAUUUAAAAUAAAAAGCUUCCUCGCAAUAGUAAAAUGCAUUUAUCUGCAAAAGCAAUUACAAUUAUUACAAACAAAAAAUCUUUUAAGAAGCCAUUAUUUAAAACAAUUAAACUUCUCUUGAAUUUGUUUAAAUUUUACUUAAAUAAUAGUUUAAAUUAAUAUAAACCAUAUUAAAUAAAUA